AUGGCGUCGGUAACGUCGCUGGACCAGGACAUGAAGAAGCUGCGACUGGGCAGAUACACACCGCAGGCCGCGAACGAAGCGCGGAGCUGGAUAGAAGAUAUCCUGGGCGAGCGACUGCCUCCCGGAGACCUAUUGGAUGCGCUCAAGGAUGGGACCGUCCUGUGCAGGCUGGUCAAUCUCGCCAUACCAAGUCCUGGCGUAAAGUUCAAGAAAUCGCCCAUGCCGUUCAUCCAGAUGGAGAACAUCUCCCAUUUCCUCCGCGCAUGCGAGAACGCUCCGCUCAACAUGCCCUCACACGACCGCUUCCUAACCGUUGACCUGUACGAGGCGAAAGAUCCCGCGCAAGUCCUGCAGUGUUUGAGCGCGUUUAGUCGAGUCGCCAAUUCAGUGAAUCCCUUCAAUUUCCCGACCACAAUUGGGCCCAGACGUGGUGGCGGAGGCCCGCUGAGCCCCACAGCAACUGGCGGGGUAGGGGCCUUUCAAAGCGGCAGCUCCCUGAGCUCAACUGGCUUUGGACGAAGCAGGGGGCCCAGCACUACCAGCAACACGAGUGGCUCGAACACGUUUAACCCACUCGCCCGACCGCAAGCUGAAAGAGCGCUCAGCCCUAGCUUUACGGGUGGUUCAAACUCGUCAAAGACUUCCAAUGGUAUACCUAAGUCGCCUCCUGGCGGCAUAAGCAGCUGGAGCAGGAAGACUGACGAAGGUGUAACAUCACCAGCAUGGAACAUCCAUCAAUAUGGCUACAUGGGCGGCGCAAGCCAAGGCAACCAAGGCAUCGCUUUCGGCGCGCGACGACAGAUUACCUCUGCAGCACCGAAAGUCCCCAGUCUGGCCGAGAAGGAGCGAAAGCGGAGAGAACAGGAAGCAGAGGACGAACGCUUGCGAACCCUGGCAGAAGAGGCUGAGCACAAGCGACGAGUCGAGCGACAAGCCGAAGAAGAGCGGCAAUGGGAGGAGGAGACGCGCAAACAAAAGGAGGCAAAGCAACUCCAGCUCGAGAAACAGAAACAGGAAUGGGAAGAGCAGGAGCGACAGUGGAAACUAGAGGAAGAAUUGCGGCAACGGGAAGAGCAAGAAGAGCAAGAGCAAGAGAGAGUGGACAAAGAGAGCCGUCGCAAACGCGCGGGCAGUGAUGCCAGGUUGAGAGGCCAGUACCUCAGCCAAUACCAGGCAGAACAGGCCAGCAGUAAGCCGCGAAGUCGCCGGAACAGCCAAUACGAGCCAGAGUCAAAUGGCGAACAAGACAGGAUAAGGGAGCUUGAACGCCAACUUGAAGAGGCAAAAGAGCGUGAGCGACAGUACCAGCAAGAACGCGAGGAGCGCUCUGAGCGUCGGAGAGAGCGCGCACGAUCGAAGAGUCGUACGCGCAACCGGUCACAAAGCCGCCCUCGUCCUCAGCCUCCGCCACGUGCCCCCUCUCCCCAAGACAGCACGGCAUCGUGGGCACAAGCUGAUGAUCGCGACUACCUACGUAAACAAUGGCAGGACACUCAACGGCAACCGCCGAGACCACUUCCCGAACCCACCGCGGCCGCACCAUCCACUCGGCCUCUACCAGAACCUGCCACCUCGCCGCGGCCAUUGCCGGAUCCCGCGGCCUAUGCUAAACAAAGUCGCACAGACAGAUAUUUAGCAUCGAAUCCUCCCCCUAUCGCUCCCAAGCCGGCAAAACACAUUCCACCAGAGUUGACGUCGACAUCCGAGCGCGCUGAAGAAGAUGCCAGACGCACUGCAUCGCAGACCAAAACGAAAGCAGGCGGAUGGGCUUCAAGGUCAUUGCUUGAGCGUGAAAUGGAGCGGGAGCGCGAACGACAGCAGGAAUGGGAAGAUGCUCAGCGCGCGUUGCAGAGUGCUCCCACAGAUCCCAAUGCCGGUACUGGCGAGGGCCAGAGCUGGGAUGUGAACCAGUACGGAUAUAUUGGUGGGGAUAGCCAAAACAAGGGGGGGAUUAGCUUCGGAGGGAGGAGGCAGAUACUAGGACCGAGACCAUUUGGACAGCGGUAG